AUGGUCACGAUGGAGGCUCUUCCUGCUGACACUCAUUCAUUCGAACGAGACCAAAUUAACUGCAUUAUCAAGGUACAAGCCCAAGACCAUGGAAGUAUGAUGACACAGAUAACAGUUUAUCAGAGCGAAGCUGCUGAAGACAAUGUCAGGUUACUACUCCGUAAUGCAAAAUUGAUCAAUCUUCAUGCAUAUGGUUCACCUCCAGGAACAUUCUAUCUCAUUCUUCUCCAGUACUUUUGCUUUCUAUGGCUUGACCUUAAUCUUGUUAGCAACUUAUUUUGUGAUGAUGGCACCCCCUUCCAUGCAAACAAGGUAGCUCGUGCGCUCACCUACAUUUGUAGAGUCUGUGUUCCUGUACAAAUAACAGCACUAUUUGUCAUUGGGGUCCUCGAUAUUAUUCCUCAUGUUUGUGCCAUUAUACGAAGAUUAGUAUCUGAUGAUGACAUUCCUGCAAUGCCAUGGGACCUCUACGCAUCGACACUUGGUAUCCAUGUCUCCUACACUGAACUUGGCCCUCAAGAAGUUAUUCCGGUCUCAAGGAUUGAGUGCCCACUGGCAUUGAUUCCAGUGUACUCAAACAUCAUCAAAAAGGAUCUGUGGAUUACCAUCUCAUUUGACCAUGCAGGGAAUGAGCUUGAAGACUAUUUAGAAGACAAAGAUGGAGAGUAG